AUGGUGGAAGGACCAGGUUGUACUCUAAAUGGAGAGAAAAUUCGGGCUCGAGUGCGCCCGGGCCAGGCGGUGACGGACGUGCGGGGAAGCGCCCUGCGGAGCCUGGGUGUGGUCUCUUCCCAGGCUGCUGCACUGAAUAAUAGUCAAGAUUCCAGCCAGAAUUUCUCGAGAUUGCUGAAUGGAUCCGUUUACAGUGGCGUACAAACUUUGGGGAAAGAGCUCUUCAUGUACUUCGGGCCAAACGCUUUACGGAUUCAUUUUGGAAUGAAAGGCUCCAUCGUGAUUAAUCCACUGGAAUAUAAGCAUAAAAAUGGAGUUUCUCCUGUUCUGGAAAUACAGCUCACUGAAGAUGUCAUUUGUUUCUUUGACUCAUCGGUAGAAUUGAGAAACUCAACAGAAAGCCAGCGGAGAGUAAGAAUGAUGGAAGAAUUAGAUGUUUGUUCUCCUAAAUUUAGUUUCUCAAGAGCAGAAAGUGAAGUUAAAAAGCAAAAAGGACGGAUGUUGUGUGACGUGUUAAUGGACCAGAAAGUAUUGCCUGGGGUAGGGAACAUCAUCAAAAAUGAAGCUCUCUUUGACAGUGGUCUCAACCCAGCUGUCAAAGCUUGUCAGCUAACAGAGGGACAGACCCGUCACCUUGUGAACAUGAUACGUGACUUCAGUAUUCUGUUUUAUAGGUGCCGGAAAACCGGAUCUGCUAUCUCUAAACACUAUAAGGUUUACAAGCGUCCUAACUGUUGUCAGUGCUGUUGCAAAAUAACUGUGUGCCGCUUAGGAGAGAAUAACAGAAUGACAUACUUCUGUCCUCGCUGUCAGAAGGAAAAUCCUCAACUUGUUGACAUGUGCAAGCUGCCAAGGAGAAACACUACGGUCAGGUGGCCAUCCAGCGGAGGGGACCACGUGGCUCGCAGAUCUGAGGAACAGUGGACGUGUGUGGUGUGUACGCUGAUCAACAGGCCGUCGUCGGAGACUUGUGACGCUUGCCUGACUUCAAGACCUGCCGAUUCAGUAAUCAACAGUGAAGACAGUUCUAUUGCCUUCGACAGCUUGGUGAAGUAUCCUUGUAAUAGCUUUGGAAAACCACGUACAGAGGUGAAGAUCAACAGGAGAACGGCAUUCGGAACUACAACCCUUGUCUUGACCGAUUUCAGCAAGAAAUCCAGUGCUUUGGAAGGAAAAACAAGCCAAAAUGGGGUACUAGAUGGAGAAUUUCAAAACUCUCCUCCGACUAACACGUGUUUUAGGGAUCCGCUGCACCCCUCCACGGAGAGAGCAAACCUUAUAACUCCACCAUCUAACAGAGUUAACGUUUCGCCUACGGUCUGUUCUCAGUCGGAAGUAUUUAGUCCAGCAUAUAAAAAGUUAAAAACAGCUCACUCUUUAUCACCAGACCUCAAAAGUGGUAGCCCUGGAUUUUCUAACAGCGAACUUGGAAUUAAUAGGACAGAUGGUACUGGCGCGUCACAUGGCGGCAGUCCUCGCUGCGGUGAGCACAACCGCCUCUGCGUCCUACGAGUUGUGCGGAAGGAUGGCGAGAACAAGGGCAGGCCGUUUUACGCUUGUCCUCUACCCAGAGGAGCGCAGUGCGGAUUUUUCCAAUGGGCGGAUCUGUCCUUCCCGUUGUGCAACCACGGCAGGCGCUCCAUCAUGAGGACAGUGUUGAAGAUCGGACCCAACAACGGAAAGAAUUUUUUCGUGUGUCCUCUUGGGAAAGCAAACCAGUGCAGCUUUUUCCAGUGGGCAGAAAAUGGACCAGGAAUGAAAAUUGUUGCAGGAUGCUAAUAUUUUCUCCUUCUGUGGAAUUCUGGCAUUUAAUUUCUUUAAACCUUACAUAAUGUUUAGUUCCCUUUUGUUUAACAGAAAGGGUGUAGACCAUCCUGGCACAUUUUAUAGUGACUGUGACACAGGAGAGCUGUUCGCUUUGUUUCUAAUAUGUGCCGUCUUUCUGUUCUUGGCUGUGUAUUUUUUUUGCCCUCAUAAAGGCUGUGUGCAUUUCAUCAAAUGUGUGCUAUAUUCCACUUAUCAUGUAUGUAUAAUGCAUUUAAUAACGACAAUAAAGGAUUUUAAGUGUG